AUGGAGCAAGAGCUCCUCUCCCUCCUCGCCGACACCCAGUCGCCUGUCGGUGACACCAGAAAGGCCGCCGAACUGCAACUGGUGCGCCUCUACUCGAACGAAAACUUCCCCCUCUCCCUGGCGGCGAUUGCUUCUCAUGACUCCGUCCCCGUCAACCUCCGCCAGUCCGCCCUCUCCGUCCUGCGGACCUUCAUUGCUGCCGCAUGGUCCCCGCAUCUCGACGAGUUCAAGGGCCAGGUCCUGGUGAACGACGCCAACAAGGCUCAGAUCCGCCGAGUGCUCCUCGAUCUCGCCACCGUCACCGACACCCCCGAACGCAAGGUCAAGGCGUCCGCCAGCUAUGCCGUCAGCAAAAUCGCCAGCGCCGAUUUCCCGGAGCAAUGGCCUGAGCUGUUGCCGGCCCUCCUCCAGAUCAUCAACGAUGCGAACAGCUCCGCGGGCGCGUUGCACGGUGCCUUGAAGGUGCUCUUGGAUCUUGUCGACACGGGGUUCAACGAGGAGCAGUUCUUCAAUGUCGCCAGGGAUCUCGUCACCUCCCUCUUUAACGUCGCCAACAACCAGUCGAGGAAGCCCAUGCUGAGAGCGCUGGCCGUGUCUGUCUUCCGCGCCUGCUUUGACACUCUGGAGAUGGUGCUGGAACAGCACAAAUCUGCCGUCAAGCAAUUCAUGGAUGAAGUUCUUGGGGGCUGGUUUCCUCUCUUCAUCUCCACCCUGGAAGCUCCCCUGCCGCAGCCUCCCAAUGAAGACGAGGAAUCCAAGGAGACCGAGAUCGCAUCGCAAUGGAGAGGUGCGAUUGCGCUGAAGCUCCAGGUGGUCAAGACUUUGAUGAAGAUCCGAAUGAUCUUCCCGGCCCUGAUGACCGCGCAGAGUCCGGUGUAUUUCUCGACGAUUUGGACCGAGCUCUCCAACAUCCAAACCGCGUAUCACGCCUUUUACAUCAAUGAUGAGAGACAGGGUCGCUUGCAGGACGUGGACGGUCUGCCGUACACCCUCGACUUCCUGGUUCUGGAGGAAUUGGACAUUAUUCAGACCCUUUUGAAGGCCCCUCCUGUCAAAGCGGAACUGCAGCAGCAAUUACAGAACGCCGGCCAGACAGUGACCACCACUAGCUGGCUGCCCGAAAUCCUCAAGCUGGCUGGGUCGUACGCUCAGAUCACCACCGAAGAAGAGGGCCUGUGGGAUAUCGACGUCAAUCUGUUCCUGUCCGAAGAGACCUCGGUCACCGCGAACUACACUCCUCGCACAUGCAGCGGUGACCUCGUCAUCAAACUCGGGGAAUGGCUCAAGACUACUGCCGUCGAGGGCUUACUCGUCUACCUGAAUGCCGUCUUUGCCGAUUCCUCUGCUACGUGGAAAUCUCGUGAAUCCGCCCUGUUCAUUCUGAACCAACUCCUGCGCGACUUCAGCGAAGUGUCGCAGAACAUCUCCCCCGAACUGGCCAACGCAUUUAGCAGUCUGAUUCAGUAUGCGCUGCAGCAGGAGCAAGAAUUACUGCGUGCUCGUGGCUACCUCGUCGCUGGCGUCCUGGCUCAAGUUGCGGGUGAAUCGUUCAGCUCCACCGCUGUUUCUUACCUGGAAGCCACCCUCAAGGCGCUGUCUGAAGACCCUGCGGAGGUAGUCAAAGUGGCCUGCAUCCGCGCCCUCCAGGAUCUCAUGCCUUGCCUCCCUUCCAGUGCCACCAUCCCCUUGCAAGAAUCAGUCAUCGCUGCCAUCUCGGAAUUUGUCUCUGCGCAUGACCUGCGGGAUUCCGCCGACAACGAUGAUCUGAAGGUCACUCUUGCGGAGACCCUGCGUGACGCCAUCAUGGUCAACCCCAGCAUUGUCCUGUCGUCCAUCGCCAUUGACGUCCUCUUCAACAUUGCCAGCAAUGGCGCCACCAACUUCCAGCUGACCAUGAUCGUCACCGAGGCAUUCGAAGAUAUUGUGGAGGCGGUCGCUGAUCAGGGUGCCGACUCAUUUGUUCGUCUCUGUGAGAAGGUGCUUCCUUCGCUGAUGGGCGCCAUUGAUGUCGGAAACCUCACGCAGGAGAAUGCGCUGACCAACUUCGCUGCGGAUCUCCUGCGGGCGCUGGCCGAGAGAGCCCAUGAGCCUCUUCCCGCCGGGUUUGUGGAGACUGUGAUGCCCAAGCUCAACCGACUCUUGCUCGACUCGACCGAUGGAGAGCUCAUCCGCCCCGCCACCGAGGCUGUCCGCCAUAUCCUCGCCCACGACUUCAAUCAGUUCGUCAAUUGGCGCGACCCGCAGAGCGGUAAGGAGGCCACGGAAGUGGUCCUGGUCAUCAUUGACCGCCUGUUGGGCCCCGCUGUUGAUGACAACGCCGCCACCGAGGUGGGACAGCUGGCCGCUGAGCUGGUCGAGAAAGCCGGAUCGGAGCGUCUGGGACCGUACCUCCCGCAGCUCCUCCAGGCCGUUGCCCAGCGGCUGGCGACGGCGCAACAGGCGCAGUUCAUCCAGAGCUUGAUCCUGGUGUUUGCGCGACUGACGCUGAUCAGCGCGCGCGAGGUCGUAGAUUUCCUGGCGCAGGUGAACAUCAACGGACAGAGCGGACUGCCGAUCGUGAUGAGCAAGUGGCUUGAGAACUCGGUCAACUUUGCCGGGUGCUGGUGGAGGAGCUGGCGGCGGCGUCGGGCAGCAAGGAGAUUGAUGCGGCGACGGCGGCGGCGCUGGAGGAAGAAGGCAGCGACGACGACGACGAGUGGGAGGACCUGCCGAGCAACACGCUGGACUUGA